GGCCCCAUUUUAUAGCAAUAAAGCGACUUGGCGCCUGCUGAGCGAGCCCCUCCCCGCCGCCGCCCCCGCCCUCGGCCCCACCCCGGGGCUCGCCCGCAGCGGCGGGGCUUUGUUUCUGGGGAGGAGGACCCGGAGCUCUUUUGUUUGGGGGUCUGGUGUCUUCACCCCCCACCUCACCUCACCCCACCCCGCCCCACCCUCCGCUCCUCUCCGGUUUCCUGAGCUGCGGGCUGCGAGGGAGGAGAAGCGGCGACUUGCAACCCCCUCGGCGGGGCCCCGGGGUAAUUCGAUGCGGGCCUGGCGAGGCUCCCCACGCUAGAGCGGGGCUCGCGUCUCGGCAGCCUCCACCCACCGGCCCACCCUACAUUUAGCGCAUCAUGUGAUCCGGGAUCAAUGUGACUCUAGAAACAAAUGGAUGAAUGAAUGUCCAUAUGAAGAGGAAAACAAUCAAGAAUAUCAACACCUUUGAGAACAGAAUGUUAAUGCUUGAUGGGAUGCCGGCAGUCAGAGUCAAAACAGAGCUUUUGGAAUCUGAGCAAGGGUCUCCAAACGUCCACAACUACCCCGAUAUGGAAGCUGUUCCCCUGUUGCUAAAUAAUGUGAAAGGGGAGCCCCCGGAGGACUCGUUACCUGUAGAUCACUUCCAAACGCAAACUGAGCCAGUGGACUUGUCAAUCAACAAAGCCAGGACAUCCCCCACAGCUGUUUCAUCCUCCCCCGUUUCCAUGACAGCGUCUGCCUCCUCACCCUCCUCAACUUCAACCUCAUCCUCGUCUUCUAGUCGUCCAGCCUCAUCCCCAACUGUUAUAACAUCAGUAUCUUCUGCAUCAUCUUCGUCAACAGUAUUAACUCCAGGGCCCCUUGUAGCCUCUGCGUCUGGUGUGGGAGGCCAGCAGUUUUUGCACAUUAUCCAUCCUGUACCGCCUUCAAGUCCCAUGAAUUUACAGUCUAACAAACUGAGUCACGUUCACCGCAUCCCCGUGGUGGUACAGUCGGUGCCUGUUGUCUACACAGCUGUGCGGUCACCUGGAAAUGUGAACAACACUAUUGUAGUGCCGCUUUUGGAGGACGGGAGAAGCCAUGGCAAAGCACAAAUGGACCCUCGAGGCCUAUCUCCCAGACAAAGUAAAAGUGACAGUGAUGAUGAUGACCUGCCAAAUGUGACCUUAGAUAGCGUUAAUGAAACUGGAUCCACGGCCCUUUCCAUAGCCAGAGCAGUACAAGAGGUUCAUCCAUCCCCAGUAUCAAGAGUCCGGGGAAACCGAAUGAAUAGCCAGAAGUUUGCUUGUUCAAUUUCACCGUUUAGUAUUGAGAGCACAAGACGCCAGAGACGGUCUGAAUCUCCAGACUCCAGGAAACGGCGUAUCCACAGAUGUGAUUUUGAGGGAUGCAACAAAGUGUACACAAAAAGCUCUCACCUGAAGGCUCACCGAAGGACGCAUACAGGGGAGAAGCCCUACAAGUGUACCUGGGAAGGCUGCACCUGGAAGUUCGCGCGUUCCGAUGAACUGACGAGGCAUUACCGCAAACACACGGGAGUGAAGCCAUUCAAGUGCGCAGACUGUGACCGCAGCUUUUCCCGGUCAGAUCAUUUGGCGCUGCACCGCCGGAGGCACAUGCUGGUGUGAGGAAUGCUCCCUGGCCAGCUGGGCCGAAGAGCUGGGUCUCUUGGCAGCACCCAAUUCAGCAGGGCUGAAUCCCCUUCACAGUGUUAACACGAAAGGGCAUCACCACCCCAUGAUGCCUGAAACCCAGAGCAGGAGAAAGAAAUAGCCCUUCUCCUUUUGGUCGGAAGGUAACCCCUAUCACGACUACCCGAGAAACGUCUUCACGCUGGCCUGGGAGAUCGGGGACACAGAUGCUGAAGAGACAGGCAUUGUUUUCCGUGCUGUGUACUCUGCCGUUUAAAGAUGUUUGUAGCUUGUACAUUUUCUGAGCUGUCAGACAUUUUGUUAUUGAUACUUUAAAGGUCAUCUACCACAAAUUGAUGGCUAGAGCAAGACCUUUUACAUUGGGAUUAUUCUCCCGUCAUCCCACCCCUUAACCCCUUUUUACAGAAAGUUUAGUUACUAUCUAAGUAAGGCAGAACACACAUCCAAUCUGUUACCAGCAAGCAGCAUGAAAGUAGAAAAGAAGAGGCUGUUGGAGGGGUCCCAUUACCUGCAAAUAAAGGGGCACUCAGACAGCCCUUUGCAAUAGCGAUGGCGGCAACCAGAUAUCGCCCGCGACCCGUCAUUAUGCCAUGCCCUGGAGACAACCAACAUUGAAUCUCUCAUUUGUUUGUUGUUGAUUGUAUUUGUUUGUUUUGAUUCUGUUUUGUCCGUCUGUUCAAGCAGAGGGGCAGCAACAUUUCGGUUGGAGUCUAGUCCUGGUGUCCUCCUUGGCGUGCGCCAGCACAGAGGUGUUCUGUGGUUGAAUAGGAAGAGCCUGUCUAAAAAACUACUGCCCCACUUCAAAUCGCAGCGUUCUGUCACCUAGGCAUCAUCUCUUCCUGCCCCUAGUAUUUGAUUACAAGGAAUCGGGGGGAAAAAAACUUCCUUAGACACACUGGCACCAAGGGGAGAGGUGGGGCUGCCCAGGCAAAGUCAGUGAACGUGGAAAAUCAGACAAAGCAGAGAUGGAAAUAAUGCGCCUCUUGAGGAGAAAAGCAAUAAUGAAUAAAAGGACUUUCCUACAAUAACUUCACUGAGGACUCACGUUACCAAUUUUCAUACUUACUAAAGGGACUGUAAAAAACACCCCAGCAUUUUAGAUGGCUUGGUCACAUUCACAGCACUGAGGUAAUCUCUCUGCUGUUAGUUGCCCUGCUUGGUUGAGCACCACAAUUAAAGACUGUGCUCCCCUUUCCUGGUUCAGAAACAGCUAUUUGUUGACUAGAAGGGCCGGCAAGGCAGAGUAGAGAAUGAACUCUUGGGCUCAUGGGUCAGCUCUCCUUGGAAUCGAGUGGGGGGAAAGGCAGUGUGCCCCACCACUUGAGGAAAGCCUGACCUGGUGCUAGUUUCCUCACUUGGAGAGCCAAGGAUAAGUGACUCUCUCAUAGGUUCUUCUGUACAGAUUUCAUUUUCUAAACUGUCCUAGCACCCAGUGGUUCUGCACAGGCAACUGCAGGGAUGUUGAACCCCCACUCCUCCUGUGCUGGGGAUGCAAGGAAAUUCUAGUCCCCAUCUACCCGCUAAAAUUCAGAGCCGUUUUUGCAAUUAGCAAAGUAUACUGUAAACCAAGCAAUACAUCACCAACAAGCACUCUUUCAGAAAAAUCACCACAUUUUCUCCCCACUAAAAGCUGCUUUUUUUCAGCUUAAUGUGGCUAAGGGACUUGGUGAGGUUUUUCGUUACAGUUAAGAUUUUUUAUAGCCAAGAUAUCAAAGGUUGCCAGCAUAGACCUUUGCAGUGUAUUUUAAUUACAAACACUUGAUUUGGGGAGUUGCACAGAUUAACCUCACAAUAUCACUAGGUCAUUUUUAGAUGUAUGAACAUUCUGUAAUAAUCGCCAGUUGCACAAGUAUCCUUUUUAGAAUCAUCUUCAAAUUCAUAUGAUAUUCAGAACUAUGAACAUUGAAAACAGGGACAAUUUGUGUUGGAUGGUACUAAAAGGAACUUUUUUUUUUAAAUAUUCAGGCAACAGCAUAAUGAUUUUCAGGUCAAAUUCUAUCUUCAAAAUAUGCGCCCUAUAUUUUCUGCCAGAUCUGAAAAAGUCAUCAGGCAGUUUCCCUUCAACAAGGGCUGCAAAUCUAUUGAUAAAUAGCUUCUUUAGCUACACAAUCUACUACCCACAGAGCAUUGGUUUUUGUUUGUUUGUUUUUUUUUAACCAACUGGAAAGUUUUUUAUCUGUACUGUAUGCAACUCUGAAUUCUCAUUGCCUGUGGCCAUUUUGAAUAGAAAAAAGCCUCUGGGUGCCUUGAUGCAUGCUAGCACUGGGUACUGGUCAGUGGCAAAGAACACAGAGAGUGGCAAACACAGCCCCAACCAAGGCCUGCUCUGCGUGUCCGGACCCCUGCUUAGCAGUCGUGGAGAAUCACUCAGGUGAAGUGUCGACUUGGUUUAAUUCUGCCUGCUCUCCUGAGAAGGGCUGGUCCUCGUCUCCGCUGAGAGAUGUCUUCAGAGUGUUCCAGGUAGACGUGGUUUUUAGAAUUUAUAGAACUGACAGCCAGUGGGAGCUUCCUGAGUGACAGCUUGAUUUAAAUUUAGCAUGAAACCCAGUGAGCUGCUUCUCUCUAAUAACAUGGUAAAGGUUCGGAAGUAAGCUUUUUCUCUUCAUCCUCUGAAGGUGGAAACUAGACUCAGAUGGGAAAUUAUCUCAUGAAGUCUGUCAGCAUUAUGCCAUUUCCUGCUUUGGACUCUCAGUACUUCUAAGGAGGGAUCCAAGCCCAAGUGCUGAGCGGGUUGCUGACCCAGCCCCAGGACUGAAGCUUCCCUGGGUUUGUCUGGGGACACAGCAAGUUCUCCUUGGUGGGUGUCUCACUAAUGUUUCCCCGUGGAAGGGUAAGUGGUUUGGGAGAGAAGGCAUUGGGCUAGAGAGGACAAAUAUCUUCAGGCGUGGAAAAACCUGCUCCCAUCUUCUGUCUGUUCUAGCCUCUUUGAAAAAGCACAGUAAGUAGAUGAGGUGCAACAGAAAAAGAGGAAGAGAAUCCAAAGGAUUCAUAAGUUGUUGCGUAACUAGAAGCAUACUUGGGUUUUAAAUUUGAGUUUGCAGCUGGGCAUUUGUGUGUGUUUGGGAAUGUCUAUACAGGUAGCCGUCAUGGCUUGCUGGCUGCAGUAGGCCUGAUGACCUCUUUGCUGGGUAGAGAUUAGAGUUCAAGGGAGUUCACAUCAUUUGAAAAGUGACAAGGUUCAGACUUUGAGGUUUUAGGAGGCUCCCUCUUAAGUUUGAUUCCCUGAUCUUAAGUUGGUAGGAAAAAGAUUCACACUUCCCCAGCACCUCCAGCCCCAUCCUGUCAAUUGUGUGUGGACUCUGGGAAGCCUGCUUGAUAACUUGUCUUAAGUUCUAUUAAGACAUUUUAGGCUGAAAUUCCUAAUGGCUUUACCAUAAGAUUGUACUACUUCCUGGUAUUACUUUUAUAAAACACUAUAGGACAUUUAUUUUCAAAAGCAGUUGAAUAGCAGUAACAUAAACCACAUUUUUUUUUAAGAGUACUUUUUAUUCACUUGAGAGUUUAAGUGGAAAAUAGGAAAAGGAUUGUCAGAGGGGAGAAAGCUUACAAAAUGCUACCGUGUUUACAGAUGCCAGUUCUAAAUGAUUAGAAAGGCCAUUCUCAUUGUGGUUGAAAUUUGGAAUCACUUAUAGAAAGACUGCGUUCUUUUUUUUAUGGCUUUUUUUAACUUCAAAUUGCCAUUUGUCUUUUAAACAUAAAUAUAAUUCUGUACUUUGAAAUCAGUUCAUUAGAGCGAUAACAUGUAUAUGGAUAAAGAUGCAGUAUUCCUUAUUCUGUUCUUUAUUAAUUAUACUUACCAAAGCUGCAGUUGAAUAAAUCUGUUGAGGUGAGGCCUUCAAAUGUAUUAAUACAUCUUUGUUAUGUUGUUAUGACUGCUUAGAAAUGUAGCCAUGGUGUUGUUAUAAAGGUGUCUUAAUAUUUAUAGUAAGGAUUGGCAGAAUCUAAGCAGUAUUAAGAAUACCACCAUCCAUGAUACAUUGAGUUACAGUCAUCAUAUAAGGGACUGAUCAUAAGAUAACUCUUGUGAAUCAUCAUAGGCCCAGGAAGCCUUAAUACUCAUAGUCCAUAAUCCACACUCAGAUUUUGUUCUUAACUAAUGCCUCUAAAAUUAGGAGGAAAAUGUAUUCUGCAACUUCAUUGAUCAAAUCUCUUCCUUCAGUUUUCUAAGGUAGUACAUCUCAUUAAAAAAAUCUUUUCAUUUGCUUUGGUUUUGUUUAGAAAAGGGGUUUGGAAAGUCAGUGUCUUCCGUAGUACAUUUCUACUUGUCCCCAUGCUGCCUUCAGUUUACCUGUACAGGCGCGCCCACCUUAUGCAUACCUGUAUACACCCCUGUUUAUGUGUGGGCUAAUAAAUAGCAACAAAGAACUUUUUUAAAAGAAUAAUUUGUAAUAAUUCAUGCUGUAUAAAUGUAAAUUAUUUACCUUAUUAGGGAAUCAGCUUAUAAUGCUAUGUAUGACUCUGCCUGCAUUUUGUAGUUAAGAAGUGUACAUACAAAUUUAAAAUGCUAUAUUUUCACAGUUUCAUUAUAGAGUAAUGUCUGUUUUAGUAACCCAUGUCCAUUGGUUCUUUAAAUAUGCUAAAUACUGUGCAAUUGCAAUAGAAAUUCAGAUUUUCAUAAGAAAAUGAAAUAGGAUACUGCAUCUUUAAAAAAAGAGUGAAAAUAUUUUACUGUAUUCAUAACAUAUGUGAUAGUAGAAAAAGUAUUUUCAGACUCACAAAUUUUACAGAGGUUGUAAAUAGUUUGAUGAAGUAUGUCGGGGAAAAGAGCUUCUAGUUUUCAUCACAAUAAAAAAAAAGAGACUUGUUCAGAUAUGCCUUGUAUAUCUUAUACACAAUUAUCAGUGUUGCCAUGGAAACUCUGUUCCACUUUGUCAGAGCAUAUACCUUGUGCUCUGAGAAAAUGGAGUGGCCACUUGUCUCAGUUUAGCCCAGAUGGUUUAAAACACAAUGAAGUCAUUUUAAGUUGCAAACAACUGAUUCGAAAUUCAAAAAGUCUUUUCCUUAAAAGGGGAGCACAGCUGCCCAGGACAUGACUUAUGCUCAAGAGAAGCAUCUAGCAAUUGUUCUCUUUUCUCAAUUACCUUCCUAUUCAAGGAAAUAAUGCUUGAUCAAAAAAACUAUAUAGGUGUUUAUUCUUGUUUAAUUCCAGAGGGGGAAUACUUUUGGAGUAGCUACAUGUUGACAAGAUUAAGUGCUAUGGAUAUGGCCACAUGUUAAAUGAAUCUGUACUGGCAAUUAAGAAUAAGCUAAUGCCCAUUUUCAUAAAUGAAUUAAAAGCUGAAAGUGCCUGUCAAUAAACGUUAUGACCAAUGAGAUAUUCCUGUACUCUCACACAGCAAUAAUUCUUCAUCAGACUAGGUCUUUCCUCCACAUUUGGGAAACACACACAGAAUAGAGUAAAUAUAUGCACGUAGUAAAUUGAAUCUGUUCACAUAACCACAAAAAUUCUUUUGUGUCUUUUUAAAUAUACCUAAUCUUGUUUAUGUUAGCUUUUCUUGGUUUAAUCUUUCUUGCUUACAGAAUAUAAGAAUUCAAGUCUGCAUAUUAAGGCUAUCGUCAAUGUAUACUCUGGCAUAUGGUAAUUACAAUUUUGAGAUAAAAAUUCACUGGGAUUAGGCCCGAAUUUACGAAACACCAUGUGUGGCUCAAAAAGUUUUGCUCAGUUAACAAAAGCCAAUUUGUUUAGAACAAAACACUAGAGAUAUUUGUUUGUUUGCUUGUUUAACUUUGUCAUAUCCAUAAUAUCAAAUGCACUAAUCCAUCUUUAUUUCUCUAUUUCCUUUUUCUCUAUUUCCUGUUGCCAUCUAACAGCCAUUUUGGAAUGAAUAUCAACACAAUCAUUCACCCUAAAAAGUCUACUGAAAUAUGGCUGAAACUUAAAAAAGCCUAACUUUUAACCAAGCUUUGCAGUUGGUCCUGGAAAUGACCAGAUUUACAUUCACAAUGGCACAACCUUUUCCUAUAAUUAUUUUACUGCUAAAAGUAGAGUUAUUAAAAAUAUAUACAAAAAAUAUAUACAAUGAGAUUAUAUGAAUAGACAAGAGCUCUGGAAAUUCUCCAGACUUACCAACUCAGAAUGCAAAUCUAUCCAAACAAGUUAUUGAGGGCUAUCAGUAAAAUUAGACAAUUUAAAAGCCAAACAUUUGGUCAGAGCAAUUUAAAAAGUCUGUGAUUAAACACUCAGGCUUUAGACACUGAAGACUCCCACGAUAGACAGUGUUCUCCGGAACCAGACCACAGGCCUAAACCCAUCUACUAUUUCCUCCUCUACACUUCAGAAAGAAAAGAAGGAAAUAUGCCUGGAUAGGGUGUAAAACAACCAAUUCAGCAUCAAAGGGAAGCUGCUGGGUUCCUUAAUCUCAUGGAAGUCAUGGCUCUUGACUGGGCUGUUUACUGCCAAGUUGUCUGAAGGUACUGAAAGAACGUUAGUUCUUGGAAAAGUAAAAAAUUCAGCAAACUAGGAAAUAAGAGCUAUGGUUUAUUAAACCCUGACUAUAUGAUGAGCACGAUACCAGGUAAUUAUUAGACUCAUUCCUCUCAUCUGUACAACGGUUCUACAUUUUAUGGAUGAGAAACUGAGGUACAGAGAGAUUAGCUGAGUUUUCCACCAAUAGAAAUAGUGGACGAUAGAGUGGGAAUGUGAAGCUACCUAUCACUGGCUCUGAAGCCUGCCUUAUUUCUACCACAUCACUCUGCACGUGUGUUCCCAGAAGCCAGAUUUCCAGAUUUCUAACUCUUCCGUAGUUUUAUUAUGGAUGCAUAGUCCUCAUAUUUUCUAUGUAAGACAUAGGAACAUGAUACAGCACAUGAUUUGACAGUGGUGCAUAAUAUAUGAAAUCAGUCUUCUGGAAAGCCAUGCAUGAAGGAUCAUUUUAAGCAAACAGCAACAACCAGACAUCUCCGUGAACUUACACUUACCUCCUAAAUGUCUGUCUUAGAGAUCCAAAAGUCGUCAAAACUUUUACGUACUUACUAGCAUUUUCACAAGAGUAGGGUAUUCUCAAUUCUGCAUAUUUCUUUGUAGCUAUAUUAAAGCCUUCCCACCUAUACAGACUUCUAGACUCUGCGUAAGUUGCGUUUGAAAUGUUCACCUCUGCGGAGCUGGUUGCUCACCCCGAGCCUACUCUUGGCGGCCAUUGCUGGGGCAGCCAUGAAGCAUUCAGUGGAUGAGCAAGGAGAGAGAACAGAUAAGUCCUUUUCAGAUUUCUCACCUAACAACACCGCCUUGGAAUGUUUUAAAUAGUCUUAUAAAUAAUUUUUUUAUUGUGUUUGUUAUUAGUUUCAUUGAAUUUUAUGUAAGAAGCUGUCCUACAUCAAAGAAAUGAACCCCCUCCUUUUCUGUGUGGAACAAGGUCUCUGACAGAAUUGAUCCAUGGGAAGUACUAAUGGAUUUGGAAAACAUUAAGUGAAUAUCAUUUCUCAUGGUUUUUCUUUUUCUGAAAAUGAAUCCCCUGAAUUAUAUUUCUCCCUGUUAUUUGCUGAGGGAAGAGAGAAAACCUGUAUAAACAAAUCCCGUCCGUGCUGAAAGCAAGUGCUGGGUGCACACAGCUGCCGCGGAGAGGGGCUCUCUCCUCAGUUAAUUGGGUUUCACUAGCCAUCAUUUCUCAACAACAAAACCACAACUUUGAGUUGAAAGGAGGUGAAUAGUGGAAAUAGUCACAUCAGUAUGUUUUGCUUUCUGCAUUUCAUUUCUAGAAAUUAAAAAUGUUUGAAACAACAGAGUUUGGCCUUUGUGCGAAGCAAGACCAAAGGCUCUUUGUGGGAAUUAUUAUAUCUUGCUUUCUCCAAAGCAGGCUUAGCAAGACUUUCACAGAGAUUCAUUUUUGUUGAAAAAUGAGGGUGAAUAGGAGGCUAGAAUUUGGGUCAAAUUCUUGUUGAAGUGCUCAAGUACUCAAAAAGCAAGAUAUUUUAGGGACAUACCAACAUCUUCCCUUUCUGCUAAUUUCAUGCUAUGAAGAUAACAACAGAAAACUUAGAACAUGCUUGU